UUUUUUUUACCCCCCUUUCAUUAAUUCCUCCGCUGCCAUCUGCGCACCGGUCCACCUCACUUCACCCAUCUGUCAACACACACCACCGGCUUCGCCUAUGUGUCAGUGGAAGGAGAGGAAAUCCAGCUGAAAACCACUGAGAGAAAUAACGUUUUCCGCGAGGUUUCUCACCUUGUGUCGCCGCCAACAAUCGAUAUGGACGAGGACAAUCACGUUCCGGAGGAUCUGUCCCUGGAGGAGAGGGAUGAGCUAUCAAACAUCCGACGGAGGAAGAGAGAGCUGCUCGAUGAUAUUGAGAGGUUGAAGUUUGAGAUAGCAGAAGUCAUGACGGAGAUCGAGCAGCUGACGUGUGUUGGAGAAAGUAAAACAUCCCAGAGAAACAAACAGAUCGCGAUGGGGAGGAAGAAAUUCAACAUGGAUCCCAAAAAGGGAAUCCAGUUCCUGCUGGAGAACGACCUCCUCCAGCACACUCCCGAAGACAUCGCUCAGUUCCUCUACAAAGGCGAGGGCCUCAACAAGACCGUCAUCGGAGACUACUUAGGCGAGCGGGAUGAUUUCAACAUCAAGGUGCUUCAGGCUUUUGUGGAGCUGCACGAGUUUGCAGACCUAAACCUCGUCCAAGCGCUACGGCAGUUUCUGUGGAGUUUCCGUUUGCCCGGUGAAGCCCAGAAGAUCGACCGUAUGAUGGAGGCCUUUGCCUCGCGGUACUGCCAGUGCAACCCCGGAGUCUUCCAAUCGACAGAUACCUGCUACGUGUUGUCGUUUGCCAUCAUCAUGCUGAACACCAGCCUUCAUAACCCCAACGUCAGAGACAAGCCCCCAGUCGAGCGUUUUAUCUCCAUGAACAGAGGCAUCAAUGAAGGGGGGGAUCUGCCAGAGGAGCUUCUCAGGAACCUUUACGACAGCAUCAAAAACGAGCCCUUCAAAAUCCCAGAGGACGACGGGAACGAUCUGACACACACAUUCUUCAACCCUGACAGAGAAGGCUGGCUCUUAAAGCUCGGCGGCCGGGUGAAGACGUGGAAGAGGAGAUGGUUUAUUCUGACCGACAACUGCCUCUAUUACUUUGAAUACACAACAGAUAAAGAGCCUCGUGGGAUUAUUCCUCUGGAAAACCUUAGUAUCAGAGAGGUGGACGAGCCAAGAAAACCUAACUGCUUUGAGCUCUACAACCCCAACCACAAAGGUCAGGUGAUCAAGGCCUGCAAGACAGAGGCGGACGGGCGGGUCGUCGAGGGCAACCAUGUAGUGUACAGGAUAUCGGCCCCCACUCCAGAGGAGAAGGAGGAGUGGAUCAAAUCCAUCAAAGCGAGCAUCAGCAGGGAUCCUUUCUACGACAUGCUGGCCACCAGGAAGAGGAGGAUAGCCAAUAAGAAAUGAUGACCGCCCACCUGCAGCUACAUCUGUCAGCACCAUUUCUGUGACCAGGAGUCCUUGUGUGUCUGUUGUGUGUGUGUGUGUGUGAUGUGGGAGUCAUGAAGGCCUCCUAUUCGUUCUUUCAGGGCUGGGACAAGCAGCAGCAGCAGAUGCAGGUGGGACUGUACGUUUAUUCCCACCUGAAGAUGGCCUGCGCCUCAAUUCUUUGCUGAGAAGAUUGUAUUUAAUCUGGCACAGACUUGGAAUAUCGAAGUGAAGCGUAGAAGAAGGAACUGAGCGGUGAUGGAGAACGGCACCAGGACGAGACGGCCACAGCUGCGAUUGUGGGGUCUUUUCGUGCGUUGUGAUGAGACUGCCCUCUGCUGGACGCAUAGGGAACCGCAGCUACCGCACUCCACCACACAGCCAGGAUUUGAAACCUGAUUAUCCAUUGCCAUACAGCUGUAUUCCUGUCAUCCCGUCUGCCCCGCUGGCAGUCUAGACCCUUCCCCCAACAUGCCAUUUCAUUACCUGCACCUCCUUCAACGACUGCCAACAAUAUUUUGUAGUGACGUGCGACUACAGAAAGCCUCAAGCUCGUCAGUCAGCUGGUCUGACUGGUGGCCCUCUAGUGACUGUAUCCGUAUAUGCAAAUGUACUGAUUUAUUCCACCUUGGUUCACCAUCCUUCAUUUACAAUUCUCCCUAUUAUUUCAAGGCAAACAAAUGGAAGCAGGUCUGAAAACUUUAUAUCGAGUGUGAUGACACCUUUGAAGUGGCUUCAAAAAGCUAUAAUGCAUCAUAUAUAUUAAUUGUCAUCUUGAAGUAUUUUAUGUAUUGAAAAUCCAUCUUUGCGAUCAUUUGUAUUUAUUUUUCUUAUUGUUUCACAAAAGAGGCAGCCCCCAACCCCCCCCGACUUACAUUAUUAUGCAUGUAUAGUAUAUAAUGUACAUAUUUUUUUUUUCUUUGUUGUGUUCAUGUAGCGUGUAAAUCAUAAUGGCUGUAGCCUAUACCCGUUCACCUUUUUUUUGUUUUUUUUUUUUUUCUUAGUUUGACAGCUAACAGUUUACAAUAGUGGAAGAGGGACUUUGUGCAGCUCCUUGUGGAGCGGUGAAACCUCCCCAUACUGUGUUAUUACUGAGGAUCAGAUAAUACAUGAUGUUAUAUGAAAGAAAAACAAGACAGGAGAGUAGAGGAUUUAAACUCUUUGAGAAGUGAAACAGAUAAGAUACUGGAAUUUUCCAACUGGGUGAAUGACGACUGGAAUCUGAGGACUGUUUUCGCCCAGACAGAUCAAACCAAACCCACAGCCAAGAGCUUUACUUCCUGGGUGCAUCUUCUAGGUUUAAACAUGGUUUGGUCUUUGUUUGGGGAAACUGCUCCUGAAUACUUUGAUGUAGACUUUGAAUAAAAAUACAUGCUGAUCAGAAAA